AUGGAUCAACUGACCUCUCCCAAAUCCACCUCUGCCCUCAAAUUCUCCAAUUUGCCUACUGAUGCAUUUGGGGAAAUCAUGGAGAAAUGUGAUCUCAAAGAGCAAUUGACUCUCCGAAAAGUGUCGAAAACCCUCCGUUCUCUCGUCGAUAAACAUAAACUUGCAUACAAAUCGAUCGAGAUUAAUCCGAGAGAUUCGUAUAUCUUUUGUGCGUAUAAUGGCAAAAAAGUUGUGUAUGCAAGCGAGAAUCUGGAUGAAAAGGAGGAAAAAGGUUUCGAUAAGGAAAAUCGCAUUAUCAGAAACGAUGAUUAUGUGAAAAUCGCUUUGAAUGAUUUGUCGAUUGCAUUGAAAAAUCCAAAAUUGCGAUUGGAUGAGCUACACCUGAAAGUCGGAUGUAGAAUGAAUCAAUUCAGAUUGGAGGGCCUUAUGAAACAACUCAAUCACCAAAUACACGUCAAAACGUUGAGAGUCCGUGCGGAAUUACCUGAAUAUUUCCUGAAGAAUCUUCUAUCGAUUCUUCCCUGUCUCAAACCGAAGAAACUCGUGAAUAUUGAAGUUUUUGAAGUAAUUUGUGACAAUGAGCUACCUUCGGAACAAGCAUCGAAAAGACUCAGGAAAAUCGCAAAUCUGGAACAAUGGAAGCAGGCGGAACAGCUCUAUGCUAAAUUUUCUUUCGAUUACUUCCCAUUCGAAUUUCUCAUGCAUUUCAAACGUUUUACGAUUUUUAGACUGUAUUUCGACAAGGAUUUCUUGAAAAAUCUCACAGAUUUAUUCUCCACAUCUACCAAAUUCGAGUCAUGCACUGUCAAAGCAUUUGGUCUCGACGACUGCCCUGAAUUCCUUGAAUCGUUCUGUAGAAAACUCGACACCGGAGUUCCAGACGUUCUCCUCAAGGAGCUCCUCUACCACUACAAGAUUCCUGAUGGUUCGAACAAGAUGUUGGAGUUUAAAGUGGACAAAGUUCAACGCAAAAUGUUUAUCGAGAAGAAGAAUUUGUAA